AUUUCCAAAAAUCCUCCCAAAAACACAAGAGCAUGAGAUGACCUUCCUUCACUCAAAUAUACACACAAACACAUGGCGGAUCCAAUCACGCGCAAGAGCGGCAACGACAAGCGCCGGUUCAGCGACGAGCAGAUCCGGCGCCUCGAGGCGAUGUUCGCCUCCGAGAGCAAGCUCGAGCCCCGGAGGAAGACGGAGGUGGCCCGGGAGCUAGGGCUGCAGCCGCGCCAGGUGGCGAUCUGGUUCCAGAACAAGCGGGCGCGGUGGAAGUCGAAGCACGUGGAGAAGGAGUAUGCCGCGCUGGCCGCGAGCUACGACGCCCUCUCCGACCGGUUCGAGUCGUUGAAGAGAGAGAAGCAGUCGUUGGUCGAUCAGCUGCGGAAGUUGAAGGGGGAGGGAGGGAGCGAUGGAGAAUCGGAGAGUGGGAAGAAUGAGUUUGAAGUGAAGGAGGAGGGAGUUGGGAUGGUGGAGGAGGAAGAGAUGAUGAUGAGGAUGGUGGAUACGGCGUCGGAUUGGGGUGGUCUUGAUUUUGAUGAUGUUGUUAUGGAUCAAAGUAGCUGCCAGUGGUUGGGUUUCUGGUCUUGAUUUCGAUUCAUUAUACGUGCAGAUUGUCGGAAAACUCAUGAAAUUUUGUCAAAUUGUGGUAUGUGUCGUAACUCUAAGAAUUAAUCAAAAAACCCAGGAAGUUUUGAUUUGUUUGCAAAUUAUCGCAAGACAAAAAAUAUCCAGUUGCGUACAUGUAAUAUAUUGAUUGUGUUUUUCAACCAAACGCCGAUGUUUUCUUCA